UCCUACAGUUAUCCUCAAUCAAUUAUUUAUUAUAUUUUUUCUAUAAUAAAAAUGCUAGAAUUGUAUAUUUAUUUUAUCAUAUAAAUUUAAAUUGUAAAAAGGCUAUUAGUAUGUUAGUGUGACACAAUUAGAAAAGACCAUGUGUUUCAUUAGGGUCUUGUUUUAUAACUUGACCACCUUUUGUCUUCAAGUGAACAUAUUUGUUGCAUAAUGCUUUGUUAUAAUAGCACAGUUAAGUGCAGCCUGAUACACAGUGAUAUAAUGCAUUUAUAGAAUAUAACAUGCAAAAGUCAAGUUCGUGCUACAUGAGCAUCGAGAUGCUCCUAGUAUUCCAGACAUGUUACCUGAUACUGAACUUAUACGGAUCUUCUUAAAGCUCCUCGUGUUCCUCCUCUGGCGUCCCUUACUUCUCAUAACCCCUGUUGUGUUUCUGGUGCCCUCCCUCACACCUAUAGAUAGAAAGGGGCCAGUAUAAAUAGCUAUAUCUUCAUAAACACAGAGAAAGAGACGACGAAAGAGAGAAGGUGAACAAGGAGUCAGAUGUUCUUUGUUGGUGCUCUCCUUCAUCAAAAGCCCAAACCGUGAGGCCAGUGACAUCAGGCUCAUUUGAACUGGGACAUUCAGCGCCUGUUGGUGACACCUGAACACAGAACGGAAAACUUGUUGCGUGAUUUGAGACCAGAGCAUCAUGUGGCCGGCCCUCCUAGUGUGUCAGCUCGUCCUGAUUCUCCAGUCAGAGGCUCAGAGUCCCUGCCUCACCCACCCAUCAUUCAGAGACCCAGACAACUCUGAUAUCACGGUUGUGUGUGGCACAAACAGGAUGGAUUUGCUGAUUUUGCUGUGCCCCAUGUACUUCUAUGGAUACAAUGAAUCCAUGGUGGCUCUUAAUGGUCAGUUCGGCAAACCCGAGUGCAGAGGAACCGCUGACUGGACCAUCAACCCACCUGUAAUGAAAUUCCAGUUCUACAUCACUGAACCCAACAUAUCCAUCUGCUCCAAUAAGCUGACGAUCACUCAGGAGAUCGGAUCUGGGCUGUUCUCCGACUUCUCCAGCGUGCAGUCUGUGAACAUCUCUGGGGUGGUCAAUACUCAGGACCCGAAUGCUGGAACUAUCACCUAUCGGCAGGAGAUAAAAUACCUCUUUUCCUGUAGAUACCCACUGCAGUACUUGGUCAACAACACGGAGAUGAGUGUAUCUGGAGUGAGUUUGGCAAUUAAGGACAAUAACGGUAGUUUCAUCAGUACUCUAAGCAUGGUUCUUUUUGAGGACUACACAUAUACAACUCGUCUCUUCAUACCUCCAACGGGUCUCAUGCUGAAGACCAGGGUUUUUGUGGAAGUCCGAGCCACUAAUCUCACAGAGAGGUUCAAUGUUCUGUUGGAUCGAUGCUAUACAACCACUAGUCCUUACCCAGGAAACAGCACAUCAUUCGACCUGUUUGUUGGAUGCAACCUUGAUCUACAAACCAUAAUGGGUGUGAAUGGAGAACAGCAGGUGGCCCGCUUCUCGUUCGAGACUUUUCGCUUUGUGGAGCACAGAAACAAGACGGUGUCGACCUUUUAUCUGCACUGCGCCACCAGGCUCUGUGAGAGCUCUUUCUGUAGAUCCUUACGGCAGAACUGCACAACUGCCGGAAGGAAGCGGAGGGCCGUCCAGUCAGCUCAGGGAACCUCAGUGAGUGAUGUUGCCACGGUGAGCUCUGGGGUGAUCAUCACCAAAGUGGAUGGUAAGAGCAGUCAGUUGUUUGAGAGAUAUUUGUCUAAGCAUCCAAAGCAAGACGAGGCAGUGGUGGGCAUCUCUGUGGCAGCGGGGGUAUUCGGAGGCCUGUGCGUCAUCAUGCUGGCUGUGCUCAUCUACAAGAUCCGCAAGGACAAGUUGAAUGCAGACAAAUCAAGCCUUCUCCACUGA